AUGGGCGAUGAAGAAAAUUCUUCAUCUUCCUCUGAUGAAAACAAUGAUUCAACUAUUCAUCACAUCAAAGAUUCCUCCCAAUCACACUCAUCACCUUAUUACAUUCAUCCUGGUGAAAAUCCAGGAUUGGUUUUGGUCUCUCCACAAUUAAACAACAACAACUACCAUACUUGGAGUCGUGGAAUGAAGCGAGCCCUCCUUGCCAAGAACAAACUACAAUUCAUCAAUGGAAAGUUACCUUCUUUACCAGAACUUGAUCCUCUUUUUGAUGCCUGGGAACGGUGUAAUGGUCUUGUUAUCUCAUGGAUAACUCGAUCUCUCACACCUUCGAUUGCUCAAAGUGUCGCUUACGUCGAAAACGCUAAGGUUCUUUGGGAAGAAUUGAAAGAACGAUUCACCAAAGGAAAUCACUUUCGCUUCUCUGAUCUUUUGCAAGAAAUUCACUCCACAAAACAAGGUGAACGAUCAAUUUCAGAAUUUUUCAAUUUUAUGAAAACUUCUUGGGAAGAUCUUGAAGAUCUUCGUCCCCUUCCUUCUUGUACCUGUCACACACCUUGCAAUUGUGCCGCUUUCAAAAUCAUCAAACAGCAACGUGAUUCCGAAUUGGUUAUUUGUUUCUUAAAAGGAUUAAGUGACAAUUAUAACACAAUUCAUUCUCAAAUUCUUCUCAUGGAUCCACUGCCUUCCAUUAACAAAGUUUUUUCUUUGGUUCUUCAACAAGAAUCAAGUCCUACAAAUAUUGCUAUUCCAAGUUCAAAAAUUCUUUACAAUGCCUCUGAUAAUGGUAACCGCUUUCAAAGUCGCGGUUACAACAACGGAGGAUGUGGUCGAGGUCGAAGUUCGUCUGGCGUUCAUGGUCCACCCAAACAAUGUACCUUUUGCACACGUCUCGGCCAUACCAUUGACACUUGCUACUUCAAACACGGAUUUCCACCUGGGUACCAGCCAAAUACUCAAUCGACCGUCAAUAACACUACUUCCUCUAAUGACAGUUCCUUUCCAACUUCUUCCAAUGUUGCUGCAAAUGAUUCAUCCAUUCCACAAUUGAGUAUUGAGACAAUUCAACAACUUCUCUCAUUAUUACCAAAUUCUUCCAAAUCUACUGCAACAUCUGCUCACAAUGUCAAUACUGCACACACCGCUUGA